AUGGAUGACCAACAGGUCAAACCUCCAAUCAUCACAGCUAUUCGCAACGACGCCCCUCUUCCGGACAUCCCGAUCGAAGUGUCCCCCAAGCCGAAAAACCUGCACGAUGCAAGUGAGUCGGCCCACCAGGUCGAUUUACCAAGAGUCUUGAUUCGAACAUCUGGCGACUAUUACACCAAGGUCGCAGAUCGGUUUCUAGAUACUGCAGACUUUGGAUUGCUUAACGGCGUCGACGUUGGACAUCCCGACCCUACUAUCCUGUUUCACCGAAACGAAUCAGACGUGGCUAGAUCGAUUGAAGACUCAAUCAAUCGAGUUGUUGGGCAGGUUCUCCUCGGAGGGCACGCGCCGGGAACUCUGGUGAUGGAUAGCCUAACGCAAGCUUGGAAGAAGAUCAAAAACCAAAACCGCCAGCCAUUGGAGCCUACGUCAAUCAUUCUCAUUCCCGAUUGGACGGCAAAAUGCAGAUUGACCGCUCCUGGUAAAGAACCCAUCGAAUCAGUGCUCGUCGCCGAGUACAAAGACAGGGGCCUGGUUGUUGUGGAUGACUUCGAGACAGAACUUGACAAGUCCCCUGUGAGACUGCUGGAGUUGUGGCUUGAGACACAAAACAAUGCCGCCGAGAUAACGGAGAUGCUCGAGACGGCCAACAAUGAGGGAAUUGUAGCAGACUACAUACGCCUCGCAAGUGAUGUACGGAGCAACAUUGCACCUGAGAGCCGCGAAUUUGCGACAACCUUCGGAACCGGCAAUCAUCCAAAGUCCCCAUUCGAAAAGAACGUAGCGACGACGCUCCAUCAGAUCACCACUUAUGCCGUCGGAGAAGACGCUCCCUACGCCAUACUCGGAGACUAUCAGUCACUGGCAAUAUUCGAGUUUACCGACAUGUUGACCUUCCCAAAGGUGAACGAGAUCGACCGGCUUCGUCGGGGUCCGGGCAACAGGAUUCGAGUACUGGUGCUCAAUAAUGAGUCAAGGAAAAUACGCCGGAACAUGAUUGGCGCCUGGCUCAAGGGCAUCGGGAGCGAAUCGGGUGAAGCAUGGAUGAAGAGCAUCGGAAGUGACUAA